AUGCCCAUACGGUUCACAGUGGUAGAUCUCAACUUCCCCUACAAUGCUAUCAUGGGGCUCCCACUCAUUAAUAAGAUCAAGGCAGCGAUCUUUCCCCAUCAACUUUUGCUGCAAUUCGAGACAGAUAAUGGACAAGUUGGCAUUCUCAAGGGAGACCAGGUGACGGCUCGCCAAUGCCUCGUCAACACCCUGAAGCGCGGGUCCUCCGAGACACCUGCAAAAAGAAAAAGGGAAGACAAUGUCCCAGCCGUCAUGAGCGUGUACGAGGAAAAUCUUAGCACGCAUGAAAGGCCUCGCCCCAUAGAACGAUACGAGGAAGUAGACAUGUUCGAGGGGAGACAAAUCAAGGUAGGGAAAGAUCUUCCUAAUGACAUGAUCACAAAAAGCAAACAAGCAAGUCAGCACGCCGCAGACUUACGAGAGACGUUCCUUACCCUUCGGAAGCAUCAAAUGAAACUCAAUCCUGACAAGUGUGUGUUUGGAGUUACCGGAGGGAAGUGCCUUGGCUUCCUGGUAGACGAGCGAGGCAUUGAAGCAAAUCCUGAUAAGAUCCGGGCUAUACAGAGCAUGAGAUCCCCCACCUCAGUAAAAGAAGUACAAAAGCUCACGGGGUGCGUGGCUGCUCUUGGAAGAUUCCUUUCCAAGUCCGCGGAUAAAUCAGAAGCAGAAGAGUCCUUCCGCCAACUUAAAGAGCACCUGUCCACCUUGCCAAAACUAGUUUCGCCCAUCAAAGAGGAGAAGCUAGUCCUAUAUGUCUCUGUCUCCGAAUAUUCGUUAUCCGGAGUACUAGUAGCGGAAAGGGAAAAGAAACAGCUUCCUAUAUACUAUAUAAGUCAUGCAUUCCGUGGCUCGGAGGGAAACUACGGUGAAGUCGAAAAAGUCAUAUUCGCGAUCGUCAUGCUGGCGGAUUUCGGCAUCGAAUAUGAGCCUCGAACGGCAAUCAAAGCCCAAGCUCUGGCUGACUUCAUUGCGGAAAGCACUCUUCCCUAUCAUCCUGAACCCAAUCAGGAAUGGAAGUUGUAUGUAGAUGGGUCCUCUACCCAAUCAGCAAGCGGGGCUGGACUCCUCAUUGUGUCUUCCGCCGGGGUCCGUAUGGAAAGGGCGGUCAGGUUCGAGUUCGCAACAUCCAACAACGAGGCCGAAUAUGAAGCAUUAUUGAUGGGACUGAGAAUUUGCUACGAAACGGGAGCCAAAAAAUUGUCCGCUUUCUCUGACUCCCAAUUGAUUGUUGGACAAGUGAACGGGGAAUUCGAAGCUAAAGAUGACAGCAUGAAAAUGUACCUGCAGCAAGUAAAGGAAUUUGUUCAAAAAUUCGACAAGUUCACUUUGGAGCACAUUCCAAGAUCCCAGAACGCCCAAGCUGAUUCCCUGGCAAAGCUUGCCAGCUCAGCAGAAACAUCCGCGGCUCGAGACAUAAUCUGGGAAGUGCUUCCUAACCCCAGCAUCAACUUCAUGGUCGAUACCAUCGACAGAUCAGAAACAUGGAUGGAGCCAUACAUCGAAUAUUUGCGGAAUCAAACGCUUCCCCAAGAUAAAUGUCAGGCCAAAAUGCUCCGGAAGAAAGCCAGAUGGAAACUAUAUCCUCCGCGAGAUACACGAAGGUGGAUGCGGUAUACACCAAGGAGUACGGACUGUCAUUGGGAAAGUCCUUAG